AUGGAGCUUCAAACCCAGACCUUGCUUUUACUAGUCACACUAACCAUUCUCAUCACCCGCUUCUUUCUGAACCGCCACGGUAAAAGAAACCAACCACCCGGUCCAACCGGGCUCCCCAUAAUCGGAAACCUCCACCAGCUGGGCCCAAAACCCCACUGCUCCCUCUCCUCACUGGCCCAAACAUACGGCCCAAUCAUGUCCCUCCGCUUCGGCUCUGUCACCGUGGCCGUCGCUUCAUCCCCCGCCACGGCCCAAGAAAUCCUCCAAAAGAACGACCAAGCCUUCGCCAACCGCCCCAUUCCCGAAUCCGUAGCGGCCCAGCCUAACGUCGGUGACACCCUUGCGUGGGCCCCCGCGGACCCACGGUGGCGCAACCGGCGUCGCAUCUGCACCACCCAGAUUUUCACCAAUCAACGCCUGGACCUCCUCCAACACUUGCGGGAGCGCAAAGUGCAGGAACUGAUUGAACACCUUGAGAAGCAAGCUUCGAAACGAAACGUAGUUAACAUUGGAGAGCUUGCGUUCGCGACGAUGCUGAACCUUGUGUCGAACACGGUGUUUUCGGAGGACAUGGUGGAUCCUGAGUUCGAGAGUGCGGGGGAGUUGAAGGAACUGGUGUGGAGGAUCAUGGAGGAUGCUGGGAAGGUUAACCUUUCGGACUAUUUUCCGGUGCUGAAGAGGUUUGAUUUGCAGGGCGUGAGGAGACACGUGGCUGUUUCUUACGUGAGGUUGCAUGAAAUUUUUGAUGACAUGAUUCAGAAACGUGUGAGGGAUAGAGAGAGUUCGCGUGGCGGUGGCGCCAACGGUGAUUUCUUGGACGUGUUGCUCGAUCAUUGUCAACAAGGGGACGCUCCUGAUUUCACCGUUCAAAGCAUUAAGCCAUUGAUUCUGGAUUUGUUUAUAGCGGGAAGUGACACUUCAGGAUCAACAACAGAAUGGGCAAUGGCAGAGCUUCUACGCAACCCAGAAGUAAUGCAAAAAGCAAGAAAUGAACUGAAUCAAGUAAUUGGCAGUGGCACCUCCAAUGAAGUAAAAGAAUCGGAUAUCCCUAGACUUGCAUAUAUUCAAGCAAUAGUGAAAGAAACUCUUCGGCUUCAUCCACCUGUACCCCUUCUCUUGCCCUAUGUGGCAGGAUAUGAUGUUGAAGUAAGUGGGUACACUAUUCACAAAGGACACCAAGUUCUAAUAAAUGCAUGGUCUAUUGGUAGAAACCCCGAGUUUUGGGAUGACCCAUUGUUGUUUAAGCCUGAAAGGUUUCUCAGGUCCAAUGUAGAUUUCAAAGGCAGGGAUUUCGAGUAUUUGCCUUUUGGUGGUGGUAGGAGAAUUUGCCCUGGUUUGCCACUUGCUAAUAGAAUGAUUACUUUAAUGUUGGCUGCGUUUGUUCACUCUUUUGAGUGGGAGCUUCCUCAGGGUGUUACUCCUCAAACGCUUGACAUGAGUGAACAGUAUGGCAUAACGUUGAAGAAGCUUGCUCCUCUUUGUGCUAUUCCAAUAUCAGUGUAA